AUGUGGAAGGUUCGAAACGAUAAGGUAUGGAACGACAGGGAAUGGACUUUGAGUAUGAUUGUUGCCCAGGUGGAAGCUUUGGUUUUGUCUUGGAAGCAGGCUUACCAUUCUACAACACCACAAGGUAAUUCUCAUUCCCCAAUUAAAUGGUUCCCUCCUUCAGCAGGCUAUCUUAAAUGCAAUAUUGACGCAGCUUUACUGGAGGAUUGCAUGGGGUUUGGGGCGGUACUUGGGGACCACGAAGGGAAGUUCAUUACCGCAUGUGUUGGGCGGUACAUGAGUUGUAGUCGCGAUCCGUACAUAGCUGAGACAAUGGCAGUGAAAGAAGCGCUUACCUGGCUCAAGAGUCGUAAUAUUUCACAUGUCGUAGUUGAGUCUGAUUGUUUGAAUUUUUGUUCCACUUUUAAUUCUUUAUCUCCGGAUCUUUCGUAUGCUGGUUUAAUAGUUAAGCAAUGUCGGUCGAUUGCUAGAGACAUUGGGGACAUUGUUGUCUGCCAUGUUAAGAGGUCAGCGAAUCAUGUGGCUCAUGUGCUUGCACAGGUAGCUAGUUCUUUUCCUGUCCUUACCAUGUGGGAUUCUAUCCCGCCAAGUUGUAUUUCUGAUUUGGUUCUAGUUUGA